AUGAUGAUAAUGUUCACGGGCUCAUCGAUUGCUAUUGUCGCAACACUCGGUGGAGUAGGAUAUGUCGUCCUUCUAUGCAUCUACCGCUUGUUCUUCCACCCACUCGCCAAGUAUCCCGGACCAAGGCUGGCGGCUUUAUCGGAUCUCUGGUACGCGGCAUCAUGGACAUCCGGCCGACACCCUUUUAUCAUGGAGAGAACCCACGGAAAGUAUGGCGGGGUCGUCAGGAUCGCUCCCAAUGAACUAUCGUUUGCGACGCCGCAGGCAUAUCGCGACAUAUACGGCCAUGCCGUCAAGGGGAAGCAGACAUUUCUGAAAGGGGCGUUUUACGACUUCGACGGCACAAGCCCAGGUAUUGUCUCUAUAAUAAGCCCUCAAGAACAUGCCAGACAGAGGAGAUAUCUGGCGCAUGCCUUCAGCGCGAAGGCCCUCCACGAUCAAGAGGUGGUCAUUCACCAAUACGUCGAUAUGUUCCUCGAUCAAAUUGAGCGAAUCGGUCGACCGGAAGGCGCAGGAAUCAACCUCGACGAAGCUUUCACCUGGCUGACAUUCGACAUCAUUGGCGAUCUUACUUUCGGAGAGUCCUUCCACGCCGUCGCUCAAGGGAAGACCAACUUCUGGGUCUCUCUGAUCAUCGACGGCUGUUACUUCAACGGGCUCAGCAGCCUUCGCAAACGUCUCCCAAUCAUCAACCUAGCGCUGCCGUUCAUGCUACCAAAGAACGCGGCGGCCAUGUUUGCCGAGCACCACAGGCUGACCGAAGAAAAGCUGGACAAACGUCUCGAGAUGGGCGACUCUCGACACCGCAGUGACUUCUUCUCCUACAUCCUACGCAAAGGCGGCAGCGAGGUGCCCAAGUCCGAGCUUAUACAGCAAGCGAGCACGCUGAUCGUAGGAGGCUCCGAGACGACAACGACCUGCCUGCUCGUGUUGAGCUAUUUCCUCCUGAAGAAUACGACGUAUCUCGAUAAGCUGAACGAAGAAGUUCGAGGGGCGUUUAGCUCCAUAGAUGAGAUUACCGGCGAGGCAGCCGCCAAGUUGCCGUACCUCAACGCGGUCAUCGAAGAGAGUCUGCGCAUAUUCCCGCCCGGCCCCUUUGGACUACCGCGGGUGUGCCCGGGUGCUGUCAUUGAUGGCCAUGAAGUCCCGGAGGGUGUGACGGUCAGCGUGGACCCCUGGGCCAUGUCUCACAGCCCGCGGUGUUGGAAGGAUCCUCACUCUUUCAGGCCCGAACGUUGGAUGGACGAGUCCUGCAGCGAUAAUAAGGAGGCUAGUCAGCCCUUCUCUCGAGGACCCCGUGCCUGUCUGGGGAUCAACUUAGCCUACCUCGAGAUGCACAUCAUCUUGGCGAAGAUGGUGUUCAAGUAUGAUUGGGAACUUGUCAAUGAGGAGCUCAAUUUCGUUAAUGAGUCGAAGUUGUUUUUCAUGUGGAAAAAACCUCCUGUGAUGGUUCGUUUUCAUCCUCGCAAGGGUAGUUUGUCGAAGUAG